GUUAUUGGCAGUAUAAGUGACGGAUUGCAUUCGAUUGCGCUGGAAAAUUGCUCACUGCGUCCGCUGGAUGAUGUUUGCAUCAGUGCAAAUCCCGAAAGCGUAUCCGGUGAGGACCAUGUGGCUACACAUGCAGUGGCCGGAGAUGUAACGCCACUUGCCAAUAAUAGCGUGAAUAUCAGUCCAAACAGCAACAACACCGCCGUUCUGGUACAGAGCGUUGAGCAGUCUCUCAUACUGGAUCGGUCAAUGCGCCCCUCACAUGAUGAUGUAACCAGUGUGAUCAACUCAGUGCAGGCUGAUUAUUUUGCGGCGCAUGAAAUAAAUCAGCAGGAGAUCAAACUUUUGCGUGAAGCUUGUGAAAAGAAAUGCCAAGAAGUAUCGAUGAGCGUUGACGAAUUAACAGCACUUAAAAUUGAGCGUGAUGACAUUAUCAAAAUGCAGCAGGCGGUCAUUGAUCGGCUCCGAAAUGACGGUAUGCCUACUUUAUAUAAGCUGAUGAUGGCAUUCUAUUUCUCACAUAAAUUUGGCGAAGAAAUUGAUAUGGGUGAAGUUUCAGGUGUUAUGAGUUCGCUUCCACCAAGUUUCAUCAAUGAACAAGCUUUGCUGUCCUCGCUAAAUGAGAAGGAGCAAGUUAUUCAGAAUCUGCAAUCCAAGUUAGCGGAAGCAGAAGAGAAAUAUGACAAGCAGCAUGAAAAGGUGCUCGAUUUGGAAGAAAUAGUAAAAGUUCUCCAUGAGCAGAAUAUCGAAUGUGACCAGAUGUUGCGUCAAGCACAAUUUGAAUGUGAGCAUCGUGCUGAUCAAUUAGGGCGGCAAGGCAAUGCUGCUGGUCGCCACUGUAAUCUGGAAGUAUUUUUUGGACUAGACUGUAUGCCGGAUAGCAAUUUCGAGUAUAAUGGUAUCCCAUUCAAAUUUCUGCUUGCUUUUUUACGCGAGAAACCUUGGUAUUGA